AUGGCCACUCAUCGUGCUGAUGCCAGUAAUUUCCUGGAUAACCGGGGAUACUCCGGUCCUCUGGUGCGCGGUGUCAACCCAGUCACCCUUUUCGAGAAGGCCGUUCGCGAUCGCAUUACAGACUCCUACUACUGGAAAGAACAAUGUUUCGGAUUGAACGCAGCAACUCUGUGUGAUCGUGCGGUCGAAUUGAGCUUUGUCGGUGGUACAUACGGUGUCUCCGAAAAGCCUUCGCCUUUCCUCUGCCUCGCCUUCAAGCUCCUCCAGCUCAACCCCAGCCGAGACAUCAUCCUCGAAUACCUGAACUUCUCCGACCCCGGCAGUGAUGACGAGGGCGACAACCCAGAUGACGCCGUCCUCAAGGCGCGCGGAGACUUCAAGUACCUCCGUAUUCUGGCUGCUUUCUACGUUCGACUCACCUUCAGUGCGGUCGACGUGUACAAAACACUGGAGCCGUUGCUCCUCGACUACCGGAAAAUUAAGCGCCGGGUUCGCGACGCAUAUACCCUGACCUACGUCGACCAAUUCGUCGACGAUCUCCUUACAAAGGACCGUGUGUGUGGUACGAGUCUGUGGAAGUUGCCCCCACGGCAACAACUGGAGGAUCUAGAGAUGCUGGACGAGCGGAUAAGCCCACUUGCGGACGAGCUGGAGGAACUUGACCGGGAUAGCAAUGACGGUGAAGAGGAUGAAGAUCGCAAUCGCAGUGAUAAUGAAUCUGCCGGCAGGAGGGAUGAAGGCGAGGAUUGA